UUAAGAAUCUCAAAUUGCAGGCCGAAAUUCGAAAUUGCAAUGGGAUGGGAUGGAAGAUGGGCCUGGGUAAGAAGCUUGCUCUUUAAUUAAUUCUUAGAACGGGUUUCAAGUAAAUACCCGUGGAUUCAUAAUGUACAUAUUGUACGUAUGUAAGUAAGAGUCUGGAUAUUGGCCGAUAACCGGUAAGCAAGGCGACCGCAAUUCCAAUUCCAUUUCAUUUUUGGCGAUAUAAAGAGCUGUCUUCGCCGACUCGGAGUCAAAUCAAGUCAGCUCCCCAUCCAGACAGCAGCAUGAUCAAGAUUGUCAUCAUCUCUUUGGCUCUUUGCCUGGCGGUUGUGCUGAGUGCUCCAGUGGACCACGUCAACUCCACUACCCAGCCGCCGGUGGCCAUUCUCGAGUCAUCCCACGAAAAGCACGAGGACGGAUCCUACAACUUCUCAUACCUCGGCGAGGACGGCACCCACCGCAGAGAGGAGGCAGUGGUCAGGAACCAGGGCACCGAGAAUGAGUACCUCGAGAUCAGCGGCUCCUACUCCUACUUCGAUGCCACCGGGAAGGAAGUAACCGUCAACUACAAGGCCGAUGACCACGGAUUCGUGCCCGAGGGCGGAGCCAUCCUGCCUCAGAUUUCCUUGGCCGCCAAACAGGUCAGCGAGCAGGUGUCGCAGCCAGAUCUUGAUUACGCUAAGCCCCCUAAGGUCUAAUAAACA